AAGAGAGCCCACAAAAUUUCGGGCAAUCGUAACUCCGAGCACGUGAACAUGAUGCUCGACUCACCUAGCGAACAUUGAACCUUUCGCAGUUGCAAGCCGUGAAGCCGCUGACAUCCCCAUCAACCCAUUGAAGAAUCGUUCACCGCAAACGCCAUGUCAUCCCAGCCCUACGCCGCCGAGCUCAGCCUCGCCCUCAGCGCCGUCCACAACGCCUCGAUCCUCACAAAAUCGGUGCUACGCUCGCUCAAGAACCAUGUCUCCGCCGAGACCAAGGCCGACGACUCGCCCGUGACAAUUGCCGAUUUCGCGGCUCAAGCUCUUCUCAUCAGCGCAAUCCACGCCGUCUACCCGAACGAUCAAUUCCUCGGUGAGGAGAGCGCAGACGCACUGCGCUCCAAUACCGCGCUAGCAGAUCGCGUGUGGGAUUUGGUACUACGCGCAAAAGCGCUGCAUGCGUCACGGUCCGAAAGUGGCGACUCGCAGAAGAAAAGUGCAGAGUCCGGCGCACAGACGCUUGUGUUUCCGGCGAGCAAAGAAGACAUGUUUGAGCUCAUUGAUCGUGGCGGCAAAGGCGAGCAGACAAGCCGCGGCAGAGUGUGGAUCAUGGAUCCUGUGGAUGGCACGGCGACCUUCAUGCAGGGGCAGCAAUAUGCCGUGUGUCUAUGCUUGCUGGUGGAUGGAAAGCAAGCAGUCGGUGUUAUUGGAUGUCCCAACCUGGCAUUUGAUGUUGAGGGACCGCUGGGACAGAGCAGGGUGCAUGAAGACCUUGUUGAUGAGACGGGCUAUGGAGUCGUGCUGUUUGCAGUGAAGGGUCAGGGUACAUAUGUCAGAGGUAUGACGGAGAAUGGGUGGGGAGUUGCGCGCAAAGUUGAUCUGAGCACAAUGCCUGAGAAGAAGCUUGAGGAUCUCAACUUCGUAGAGAGCACACUUGGAAAGACGAGCCUCUCGCAGAAAGAGCAUAAGGCUGUGUGCGAGCAGCUUGGUGCGCAGUGGCCAGGAACCGUCAUCUGGGCGCAGCAAAUCAAACACGUCGCGCUGGCACUUGGAUCUACAGACGUAAUGGUCCGAAUUCCCAAGACGGUCGACAGAUUUACUUGUGUAUGGGACCAUGCCGGUGGCCAUAUUCUCUUCACCGAAGCCGGUGGAAUGAUCAAAGACUUCAAUGGUGGAGACAUUGACUACGCACAGGGUCGACACAUCGCAGGUGAGCGCAAUUAUGGCAUGGUGGCAGCACUACCUUCCGUGUUCGAGAAGGUGGAGCGGGCCGUAAAAGACGUCCUCGCUCGGAGAGAGCAGUGAUGCGGAAUGGAAUGCACGUCGGAAGAAUUUCCACGCGGUACGAGGCCAAAGCUUGCCGAAUUGCAAGUUGUGUGACGACGGGAGCUCGGUUUCACAGAGCCUCACCGGAUCAUCAGGCCACCAUCGCCAUUUAAUCAGCGCCGCAAGUCCCACAGAAAUGACAGAAUGUGGGGUAUAUCUGAAAUGGACACUUGCAUGGGUCCCGGCUGCGCUACGCGGUCUAUCUCAGGGGGACAAUGGAAAUAGGAGACACAAAUAUGCACAAGCAUGCACUGACUACGUGUCUGAACCUAUGCCCGAUGUGCAGUUCGAGCUACGUGGAUACUGCGCUUAGCUAUGAACAGUCCGCUUUGCAGCCUCCGUGACACAGUAUGCAAGACUUGACACGCCCAUGUUCGUUGAUUUGCAAGG